ACCACAGUUCACACCCAUGUUAUCUGAUUCUGAGCUCACUAUGCAACAGUUGUGUGCAGCGAUGCAGUUGAACAGGUUCUUGUUCCAAGGAAUAGAAAGAAGAAGGUAGUUUGAUCACAUCACAAUAGUUUGAUCACAGAACACUAGUACAUUUAUCAGACUGCAGUGCCUCAAUAGGACCGAUUCAACCAGGGAUGAAGGGGACUCAACUAGACUGUCUGUGUCUGAUUCUUCUACAUCUCCUACACACAGCAGGCUCUGAGAGUUUUGAGGUUCUUGGUCCAACUGAUUCCAUUGUUGCUGUAGCUGGUGAUGACAUCAUUCUGCCCUGUUACCUCAAACCCAACAUCAGCGCUGAGGACAUGACAGUGGACUGGCUUAACCUGGACAUCAUAGACGAACGUGUCUUUCGUUACCAAAACCACAGAAUCAUACGAGAUGAUCAGAUUCCAUCCUAUAGAAGAAGAACUUCACUGUUUAAAGAGGAACUCUGGAGGGGAAACACCUCUUUGAAACUGACCAGGGUACAAGUCACUGAUGAGGGACGUUACAAAUGCUUUAUUAAAGCAAAGAGCUGGUAUGAUGAUUUCACUAUUCAAGUCCUCGUUAAAGCUGUAGGAUCCAAGCCAGUGGUGUCCAUUGAGGGACACAGAGAGGGAGGGAUGGGUCUGCUGUGUGAAACAGAAGGCUGGCACCCUGAGCCUGAGCUGGUGUGGCUGAACAGUAAAGGAGUCCAUCUCUCUGCUCGAACUCUUGAGAUACAUAGAGACUUCAAGGGAUUCUACAGAGUCAAACAACAUGUCAUUGUCCAGGAGACUGACACCAACCGCUUUACCUGCAGAGUCCAACAGAGCAGGAUCAAUGAGAAGAUGGAGACAGAGAUUCACCUCCCUAGUCAGUUAUUUGAUCCAACCCCAUGGAAAAUAUCCUUGAUUGUGUUAUGCUGUCUGGGAGCCGUCACUGUGAUUGGGUUAUCUCUGGCUGUCUACUGCAUAUGCAAUAAGAAUGAUGACCUCACUGAGCAGCGAGAUGACCUCAAGAAGGAUAAUAAUGACCUCACUAGGAAGCUAGAUGACCACAAUGGGAAGCUAGAAAUCCUGACUUCUCAGCUGGAUUUUGUGAACACAAACUGGAGUCCAGAUUUUGAAACCAUCAGAAGACAUGAAGUGAAUGUGACUCUAGACCCUGAUUCUGCACAUCGUAACCUCAUCCUGUCUGAUGACGGGAAACAAGUGAGACAUGGAGAACUAAAUCCGGUUCUCUCUGACAACAGGAAGAGGUAUAAAAAUUGGUCCGGUGUCCUCGGAAAUGUGGGCUUCUCAAGGAAGUUCUACUAUGAGGUGAAGGUGGAGGGGAAGACUGAGUGGACUUUGGGAGUGGUCAGAAGGUCCAUCAAUAGGAAUGAGAGGUCUAGACCGAUCCCUUAUAAAGGAUACUGGACUGUGGAGCUAAAGAAUGGAAAGUACACAGCUCACGCUGAUUCCCCUGUCACCCUCUUACUGAGAGUGAAGCCCCUGAAAGUGGGGGUGUUUGUGGAUUAUGAGAAGGGACAGGUAUCCUUCUACAAUGUGGAGGACAGGUCUCAUAUCUACUCUUUCACACGCUCCAAAUUUUCUAAGAAACUCUAUCCAUUCUUCAACCCUGGUGGAUCAGAUAGUAUUUCACUGGUCAUCUGUCCUGUAGAUGUCACUGACUGACUGUUUUAAAUCAAACAGGGCAGAUUCAGUAUAAACUGCAGUAACUCCUAUUGAGAGACUUAAUGUACAUGAGAUCUUAGUUAUAGAUUUCCUGUCAAUCUUUGUUGUUGUUGUAGAGUGGGCCAGUUGAUUGUUUAUUGGAUUGGACAGAGAGGUAAAGGUAGGAAUGUUGAAAGAGCAAUGGGUUGGAUCUGAACCCAUUCUGGUACUGGACCAUCCCAGACCACCGAUUUCUUGUUAAUGUUUGACUCAUCUUUGACGUUUCUUAAAGAUACCUUCUCAUCUUUGACGUUUUUCUUUCCCUUGGACUGUUCGGUCUUCAUGAGAGUGUGUUAUAUAUAUUUUUUUAUUCUCUGUGUUUUCUAAAAGUAUAGUGCUUUCUGUGGUGGUGGGGCAAGCCAGCAACAAAUACGGAGCGUUGUGCCGUGAUUGGCUCAGUAUUCUGUCUCUCAUGGGGACACGACGUCACCUCGAAGUCGAUGGGUAGACUUCCAAAAUUCUAGCCCUUUGGGUGCUGCCAUAGAGUUACAUUAGAAGUGCCCAUCCAAGAAGGCUCAAGGUCAUAGAUAAAAUUACGUCAAAUCAUGUUACAUGUACAGCAGCUUUGAUUGGACAGAUCAUGUCAACAUCAUUCUUUCAAAAUCUUAGCUGGCAGUCAGUAUCAUGAAUCAAGUCGACAAUCUACUGGCAAAUCCUUUUUAAUCCUUGUCAUAUGAAGAUAAAUAAUGGAGUGAAAUUAUAGAUAAACCGUAUCGGUGCUUAUUGGCCAUUGGACAUAAACAUUACACAACAAGUUAGAAAUUCAACAAAGAGUGGUUUGGAAGGAAGUGCUCACAGCACAACAAGGUGAGCCCAAAAAUGCCUUUUAUGCUGCUGCAUAAAUGAUGUAAUAUGCCAGGGAGAUAUAUAGACUGUAGCUAAGAAAGUAAUACUAAGUGUAUGUUGUGUAGUAAGCUGUUAGUAGCCCAUGUGCCUCACGUUAAUCAUCUGGUCCCUUUUCCCUUUUUUGUAUAUUUCAAAAGUGCUGAACAAGUAGUUAUAUUGACAACGUCUGUCCUAGCUCGCUCAUUAACGGCUUCAUCAAAAUUACGGAUUGUCUCUUAUCCGCUUGUCGUCCCCUUAUGCCAUAGUUUGUACAUCUCAAUUGUCAGUAGAAAACACAUUUGUUUAAACAAGUCAGCCAUAUCAGCUGGUAAGGUGUUGGGACUCUGCUGUUGGGACUCUGCUGUUGGGACUCUGCUGUUGGGACUCUGUUGUUGGGACUGCUGAUGGGACUCUGCUGUUGGGACUCUGCUGUUGGGAUGUUGGGACUCUGCUGUUGGGACUCUGCUGUUGGGACUCUGCUGUUGGGACUCUGCUGUUGGGACUCUGCUGUUGGGAUGUUGGGACUCUGCUGUUGGGACUCUGCUGUUGGGACUCUGCUGUUGGGACUCUGCUGUUGGGACUCUGCUGUUGGGACUCUGCUGUUGGGACUCUGCUUUUGGGACUCUGCUUUUGGGACUCUGCUGUUGGGACUCUGCUGUUGGGACUCUGCUGUUGGGACUCUGCUGUUGGGACUCUGCUGUUGGGACUCUGCUGUUGGGACAGCUUUAUGUAGGUCCUGAAAGUUUGUGGGCACCGUUUGUAACCGUUACCUUGCAAUGAAUGUAUUGUUUAGUGUUGUGUUGUAUAGUGGCGUUGCUGGAAUGCACAAGAUUUACAUGCUAAAAUUGCAACUGGUUGUGUAACCUUUCUGCUGUGUGCUCCUACAUUUAGGUAACAAUGUAGCAACAGCACAAAAUAAAUGUGUUUUACAUAUUGAUCAUUUGAUAACAAAAUGUUCUGCCUGUGUGUUUAAAAAUAGUUUAAUCUCCAUCAUUGUCAUCAUACAGACUACAGUUUCAGACAGACUACUGUAUCAGACAGACUAUUGUAUCAGACAGACUACUGUGCAUCUACAUCUGCAUUACUUGCUGUUUGGGGUUUUAGGCUGGGUUUCUGUAUUUCACUUUGUGACAUCGGAUGAUGAAAAAAGAGCUUAAUAUAUAAAUGUGAUUUAUUAAUUGAUUGUAUCAGACAGACUAGUGUAUCAGACUGACUAGUGUAUCAGACUACUGUAUCAUAAAAAAAUACUUUACAGUAUUACUUAAUUAA